GCGGCCAGUCGCCUGUCUUUGUAAGGAGACCACAGAGCCGGAGAGCAGCUGUGCGCGGCGUCUCGCCUUGCCUACUUUUUAAGCAACCCCGAUGAAGUGCUCGUAGGGAACACGCUGAUCCUGCCCGCAGCCUUUUUCGCAGGGCAGAGGAGCUGAUCAGUGUGUCAGGCUGAGAUCGCAUUUUUAUAUGAGAUCUUGACUUUUUUCUCUCUUCCCCCUCCUUUUUUCUUACAGUAUAUUUUUAUAGACUUUUGUUAUAUUGAAAAACAAAAAACUCAACAUGGUGCUGGGGAAGGUGAAGAGUUUGACAAUAAGCUUUGACUGUCUUAAUGACAGCAACGUCCCCGUCUAUUCUAGCGGGGAUACAGUCUCAGGAAGGGUGAAUUUAGAAGUGACUGGGGAAAUUAGAGUCAAAUCGCUUAAAAUCCAUGCAAGAGGACAUGCAAAAGUACGCUGGACUGAAUCUAGAAAUGCUGGAUCCAACACAGCCUACACACAGAAUUACACUGAAGAAGUAGAAUAUUUUAACCAUAAAGAUAUCUUAAUUGGACACGAAAGAGAUGAUGACAAUUCUGAAGAAGGCCUCCACAUCAUUCAUUCAGGACGGCACGAAUAUGCAUUCAGCUUUGAGCUUCCACAGACACCACUUGCUACCUCAUUUGAAGGCAGACAUGGCAGUGUGCGCUAUUGGGUGAAAGCAGAAUUGCACAGGCCUUGGCUUCUACCAGUAAAAUUAAAGAAGGAAUUUACAGUCUUUGAACAUAUAGAUAUCAACACUCCUUCAUUACUGUCACCCCAAGCAGGCACAAAAGAAAAGACUCUCUGUUGCUGGUUUUGUACCUCAGGCCCAAUAUCCUUAAGUGCCAAAAUCGAAAGGAAGGGCUAUACCCCAGGUGAAUCAAUUCAGAUCUUCGCAGAGAUUGAGAACUGUUCCUCCCGGAUGGUGGUGCCAAAAGCUGCCAUUUAUCAAACACAGGCAUUCUAUGCGAAAGGGAAAAUGAAGGAAGUAAAGCAGCUUGUUGCCAACUUGCGUGGGGAAUCCCUGUCAUCGGGGAAGACAGAAACCUGGAAUGGCAAGCAGUUAAAAAUUCCACCCGUCUCUCCCUCUAUCCUUGAUUGCAGUAUAAUCCGCGUGGAAUAUUCUCUAAUGGUAUACGUGGAUAUUCCAGGUGCAAUGGACUUAUUUCUUAAUUUACCACUUGUCAUUGGUACUAUCCCUUUACACCCGUUUGGCAGCAGAACUUCAAGUGUGAGCAGCCAGUGUAGCAUGAACAUGAAUUGGCUUGGUCUGACACUGCCUGAAAGACCAGAAGCACCUCCUAGCUAUGCAGAAGUGGUCACAGAAGAGCAGAGACAGUCCAGCCUAGCACCUGUAGCUGCUUGCGAUGACUUUGAAAGAGCACUUCAAGGACCAUUAUUCGCCUAUAUCCAGGAGUUCCGAUUUCUGCCUCCUCCACUCUAUUCUGAGAUUGAUCCAAACCCAGAUCAGCCCUCAGAUGACAGGCCAUCCUGCCCCUCGCGCUGAAGGAAUGCCUCAUAAGAAGAGUUGACUUGGGUCUGAGAUGUAUUUUCGCCGUGUUGCGGAUAAAGCUGUCCUACGGAGACAACACAUUAAAAGGAAGUUCUUGCAUAAAAGAAAAGGUGAAAUACUGAAACAACCUGUGAUUAUGCUUUUGAAGCCUACAGCAAACAUCAUAGGACUGCUCAUCAUGCUUGAAGAUCUGAGCUUUUCCUCCCUGUUGUAUACUGGCACAUACUAAGAGCAGCCUUAAUAGCCUACACUCAUGUGUCAAAACACUCACCGUGUUGCAAGAGGGACGACAUCCUCUUUUGAUUUGAAAAUUUGCACAUGCUCAAUGCUUACGUUGUGCGGUUCAGUGUCACUACAGCUUUUUCUCAUUUAUGUUAGACUGUUGUUACCCCCUUCUUAACUUGUUUGUGGUCCGCACAACAAGGAGCAAAAGAAAGCUUUGAAAACUUUACGAUGACAAAUGCACUGACUUUUUUUAUUUAGAAAAACAAACAAUAUAAUCUGGACUUUUCCUGCAUAUGCACAUGCUCAGAAUUGUCCUAAUAAGACUGAUCCAUGUAUCACUUCUUCAGCUUGGAUCCUGCUGUGGAUUUAUUAUAAACAUCAAUGCCUUCAAGCCAAUCCUUGCUGUAUGUUUUGCAGCCUACUGUAGUAGAUAAGCAACAGAUAUGCGGGGGGGAAAUAACCGAAGAAAACCAAUAGGAGUCUUCGUCAAGAUUGUAUACCUUCUUGAUUCCUUUUAAGAAUUUGUUGCCUUUCUACUAUUACCGCAAAGAAGAAUUUUGUUACAGACUGCCUAAAAAUCACUUAAUCUCAGGUGAACUCAUCACUUGCCAAAACGUUGAAAUGCUAUUUGUGUUUUAUGUUGCACUGUUGAAUUUUUUUUCCCUUCCUGUUUUCGUUACUUUUUUGUUUGGUUUGGAAAGGGGGACUUGGAAAAGGGACAUACACAAAGGAGCUCAUCCUCAUUUCUUAUUAUCUUUCCAAAACAUGAGACAUGAUGAAGAAGGGCUUGGUCAAGUUACGGUGUGGUUUUUUUAAGAUGAGCCACAUCAGUUAGCACCCAACAUUUGUCAGCCAAGAGUUACUGGAGAAAAGUUGUGUAGAAUUCAUAUCGUGCUUCACAUAGGAGUUUAUCGACCAGUGAGAUGGGAUGGGGAAAAUGAAUUUAUUUUUAUACGUAGUUAUCCCAUGACCACAAACUUGUGUAAAAUACUUGUACUGAACUUUUAGUUGGGAUGAGAGGGAGUCUUUUCUCAAAUGAAUGGUGUAUUUUAAAGGAUAGAAAGGGGAUCCUUUUG